AUGGCGGCCAAUGUGGGAUCGAUGUUUCAAUAUUGGAAGCGCUUUGAUUUACAGCAGCUGCAGAGAGAACUUGAUGCCACCGCAACAGUAUUGGCUAACCGACAAGAUGAGAGCGAGCAGUCCAGGAAGCGGCUUAUCGAGCAGAGCCGGGAGUUCAAGAAGAACACCCCAGAGGAUUUGCGCAAGCAGGUAGCGCCGCUGCUGAAGAGUUUCCAAGGGGAGAUUGAUGCACUGAGUAAAAGAAGCAAAGAGGCUGAGGCGGCCUUCUUGAAUGUCUACAAGAGGUUGAUUGAUGUCCCAGACCCGGUGCCUGCUCUGGACCUCGGGCAACAGCUCCAGCUCAAAGUCCAGCGGCUGCAUGACGUUGAGACCGAGAACCAGAAACUUCGGGAGACCCUGGAAGAGUACAACAAGGAGUUCGCUGAAGUGAAAAAUCAAGAGGUUACGAUAAAAGCACUUAAAGAGAAAAUCCGAGAAUAUGAACAGACUCUGAAGAACCAAGCUGAGACCAUAGCUCUCGAAAAGGAACAAAAGUUACAAAAUGACUUUGCAGAAAAGGAGAGAAAGCUGCAAGAGACCCAGAUGUCAACCACCUCAAAGCUGGAGGAGGCGGAACACAAGGUUCAGACUCUGCAAACAGCCCUGGAAAAAACGCGAACAGAGUUAUUUGACCUGAAAACCAAAUAUGAUGAAGAAACUACUGCAAAGGCUGACGAAAUUGAAAUGAUCAUGACGGACCUCGAAAGAGCAAAUCAGAGGGCAGAGGUGGCGCAGAGAGAGGCAGAGACCCUCCGGGAGCAGCUCUUGUCGGCCAACCACUCUCUCCAGCUGGCCUCGCAGAUCCAGAAGGCUCCGGAUGUGGAGCAGGCCAUAGAGGUGCUGACCCGCUCCAGCCUGGAAGUUGAGUUGGCUGCCAAGGAGCGGGAGAUUGCCCAGCUUGUGGAGGACGUGCAGAGACUCCAGGCCAGCCUCACCAAGCUGCGCGAGAACUCAGCCAGCCAGAUCUCCCAGCUCGAGCAGCAGCUGAGUGCCAAGAACAGCACGCUCAAACAACUGGAAGAAAAACUCAAGGGGCAGGCUGACUAUGAAGAGGUGAAGAAAGAAUUAAAUAUCCUGAAAUCCAUGGAGUUUGCACCAUCCGAGGGCGCUGGGACACAGGACGCGUCCAAGCCCCUGGAGGUGCUGCUGCUGGAGAAGAACCGCUCGCUGCAGUCUGAGAACGCCGCGCUGCGCAUCUCCAACAGCGACCUGAGCGGGCGUUGUGCGGAACUGCAGGUCCAUGUCACCGCGGCGGUGGCCACGGCGGCCGAACAGAAGGAGCUGAUCGCCCGCUUGGAGCAGGACCUCAGCACCGUGCAGUCCAUCCAGCGACCGGACGCCGAGGGUGCAGCUGAGCACAGCCUGGAGAAGAUCCCAGAGCCCGUCAAGGAGGCCACCGCCCUGUUCUAUGGACCUUCCACACCAGCCAGUGGCCCCCUCCCCGAGGGCCAGGUAGGCUCCCUGCUGUCCAUCAUCUCCAGCCAGAGGGAGCGCUUCCGUGCCAGGAACCAGGAGCUGGAGGCUGAGAACCGCCUGGCCCAGCACACCAUCCACGCCCUGCAGACCGAGCUGGACAGCCUGCGUGCUGACAACAUCAAGCUCUUUGAGAAGAUUAAGUUCCUACAGAGCUAUGCAGGCCGGGGCAGUGUCAGCGACGACACAGAGCUGCGGUACUCGUCCCAGUACGAGGAGCGCCUGGACCCCUUCUCCUCCUUCAGCAAGCGGGAACGGCAGAGGAAGUACUUGAACCUGAGCCCCUGGGAUAAGGCCACCCUCAGCAUGGGCCGGCUGGUUCUCUCCAACAAGAUGGCACGCACCAUUGGCUUCUUCUACACACUGUUCCUGCAUUGUUUGGUCUUCCUGGUGCUCUACAAGCUGGCCUGGAGCGAGAGCAUGGAGAGGGACUGUGCUGCCUUCUGUGCUAAGAAGUUCGCCGACCACCUGCACAAGUUCCAUGAGAAUGACAACGGGGCGGCUGCUGGUGACUUGUGGCAGUGA